AAAUUAAACGCAUAAUUUUCUACCAAUCGAUUAUUAUUUUUAUUGUAAUCGACGAACUACCAUUUUCUCGUAUCUUAUUUAUUUUAUUUUGUUAUGACAUAAAAAUAAAAAGGUACCAGAGUUGCAAGUAACCGUUGUCGGGUUUGUGUGUGUAUACGACGUGCGCGUGCGCCUAAAGGUUAUAUAUUUGUCGUAUUGGUAACAGUGGAACCUAACCUGUCAGAAGAGUAACAGCAGGAUCGCGAGUGAACGCGAUUUUUCAGGAAGCACAAAAGAACUUAUCCAAUUUCACGAUUUAGCACGCUUCUUCUUUACGUUUUCGUAUGUAAUAAACGCGAUAAAAAGACAAAUUUAAGAAGUGAAGAAAAUAUAGAAGGAAAUAAAAGGGAAAGAUAAGAAGAAGAAGAAAGGAAAGAAGAAAAAAAGGAAAACAAAAAUAUCCAAGUGGAGGCGAGGCAGGUGUCCUCCACGUCGCUAUAGUACCCUGACGACAACUUCCUAUCCUGGCCACUGCAUUUUCACGAUAAAACUUCCUCGUCGUUUCUGACUGUUAUGCGGUGUGAACAUUGACUGAAAUUGUAAGUAGUAAGUAGUAACACUGACGCUCACUAGGCAAGCGUAUAAGAAUAGGAUGUCGGGGCAUAGAGGCGUUGGAGGGGCAGGGAGUCAUCAAGGAGUCCCCCCAGGCCUCAAACAAAUAGACUUGGAUCAAAUUUGGGGAGAUCUACGUGAGGGUAUAGAGCAAGUAUAUAAUAGACAAUGUAUGUCCAAGCCAAGAUACAUAGAACUUUAUACACAUGUAUAUAAUUAUUGUACAAGUGUUCAUCAGCAACAUACUAGAAUGUCUACUAAACUUAAAAAAGGUCAAAUAUCACAAGGUGGUGCACAGUUAGUGGGUCUGGAAUUAUACAAACGUUUACGUGACUUUCUUAGGUCUUAUCUCAUUAGCCUAUUAAGGCAUGGGGUUGACUUAAUGGAUGAAGAUGUAUUACAAUUCUAUACAAGACAAUGGGAAGAAUAUCAGUUCAGUAGUAAAGUGUUAAAUGGAGUAUGUGCAUAUUUGAACCGUCAUUGGGUGCGUCGUGAAUGUGAAGAAGGACGCAAAGGAAUCUAUGAAAUUUACCAAUUGGCCUUGGUUACGUGGCGUGAUAAUUUAUUUAAACAAUUAAAUAGACAAGUUACCAAUGCGGUGUUGAAAUUAAUAGAACGAGAACGCAAUGGAGAAACUAUAAACACUCGUUUAGUCAGUGGUGUAAUUAAUUGUUAUGUAGAAUUGGGCUUGAACGACGAAGAUCUUGCUGCUAAGAAACCAAAUAUUGCUGUUUAUAGAGACUAUUUUGAAAAUCUCUUUGUUGAGGAUACAGAACGAUUUUAUACACGUGAAAGUUCAGAAUUCCUCAGACAAAAUCCUGUUACAGAAUAUAUGAAAAAGGCAGAACAAAGAUUAUUAGAAGAACAAAAGCGUGUUCAAGUUUAUUUGUAUCAAACAACAAACGAUCGAUUAGCAAAAACUUGUGAAAAAGUACUCAUUGAAAAGCACUUGGAUAUAUUUCAUUCUGAAUUUCAAAAUCUUUUGGAUGCAGAUAAAAAUACAGAUUUAGGACGAAUGUAUCAAUUAAUGGCAAGAAUACCUAAUGGACUUGGUGAGCUGCGAAAUCUUUUAGAAAGCCAUAUAAUUAGUCAAGGGCUUGCUGCUAUAGAUAAAUGCGGAGAUUCUGCAGCUAAUGACCCUAAAGUAUAUGUCAAUACUAUUUUAGAAGUUCAUAAAAAAUAUAAUGCUUUAGUAUUAGUCGCAUUUAACAAUGAUAGUGGUUUUGUAGCGGCGCUGGAUAAAGCAUGUGGACGUUUUAUCAAUAGCAAUUCUGUAACUAGAGCUGCAAAUAGUAGUAGCAAGUCACCUGAAUUACUAGCAAAAUACUGUGAUUUAUUGCUUAAAAAAAGCAGUAAAAAUCCAGAGGAAGCAGAACUUGAAGAUACUUUAAAUCAAGUUAUGGUAGUAUUUAAAUAUAUCGAGGACAAGGAUGUAUUUCAGAAAUUCUAUAGUAAAAUGUUGGCAAAACGUUUAGUACAACAUAUGUCUGCUAGUGAUGACGCAGAGGCUUCUAUGAUCUCCAAGUUAAAACAAGCUUGUGGUUUUGAAUAUACUUCAAAAUUACAGCGCAUGUUCCAAGUAGAUAUCGGAGUGUCCAAAGAUUUAAAUGAACAGUUCAGACGACACCUAACUAAUUCUGUAGAAGAACUAGAUAUUGAUUUCAGUAUACAGGUUUUAUCUUCUGGUUCAUGGCCAUUCCAACAAUCCUUUUCUUUUUCUUUACCAACAGAGCUAGAAAGAUCUGUACAUAGGUUUACAACUUUCUAUAGUUCACAACAUAGUGGAAGAAAGUUAAAUUGGUUAUAUAAUAUGUCUAAAGGAGAAUUGCUUACAAAUUGUUUUAAAAAUAGGUAUACAUUACAAGCAUCGACUUUUCAAAUGGCAGUUUUAUUGCAAUAUAAUGGUUCAACCAUAUGGACAAUACAACAAUUACACGAUGCUACUCAAAUAAAAAUGGAUUUUUUACUUCAGGUUGUACAAAUACUUUUAAAAGCUAAGCUAUUAACAGCAAUUAAUGAUGACGAAAGUGAUUUAACACCUGUGUCAGGUGUAGAACUUUUUUCUGGCUAUAAAAAUAAAAAAUUAAGGGUAAAUAUUAACAUACCAAUGAAAACGGAAUUAAAAGUCGAACAAGAAACAACACACAAACACAUAGAAGAAGAUAGAAAACUUUUAAUACAAGCAGCAAUUGUUAGAAUUAUGAAAAUGAGAAAAGUACUGAAACAUCAACAAUUAGUAGCAGAAGUUUUAAAUCAAUUGAGUUCCAGGUUCAAGCCGAGAGUACACGUUAUUAAAAAAUGUAUAGAUAUUUUAAUUGAAAAAGAAUAUCUGGAGCGUACAGAGGGUCAAAAGGACACAUAUAGCUAUCUGGCAUGAUCUGUCGAUCUAGGACAUCAAUACAGCAGCAACUAUGCACGCAAAAAAAAGAUGACUUCACACUGUCAUUGCUACAUACGUGUUUUGAUAUUUAUUUAAGACUCUCACUAGUAUUUUCUCUGUACACAGUACUUGUACCGUAAUGUCCCUCUGGUCGCAUUUAGAACCUGGUUUUUAUAAUAUGUUAAUAAAAUUAUUUCAUAUAGUCAAAGUU